CUGGUGGAAGACGGCUGAUGCUGUGAUAUUAGAUGUAAUACACAAACAUAUGGUCCCAAUAUCUCGUCAGCAUGUGCUCGCGCCCGCCCGUCACUGCACGUGGAUAGAACGCGCCUAUCCGGUUUCAGUGGCUGCCUGCGCCUCUCUGGACGUUAUCUGGCCUCGUGUCUCUCGUUACUCGCUUCGCUUUCUGACCUUACACUGUCCACUUACGUCUCACGGUCAACUCGUGUAAUGGACUAAUGAUAAAGGUUUUCUAUACAGUUUGCAUUCCAAAUAUCAAGAUCAUAUAAAAACCCUUCAAAAUGGCAGAAGAGGUCGCCCGUAUGUCCACGUCAUCGGCGUCGGACGAAGACGAGUUUCAUGUUUACCGUCUGCGCAUCCAUGACGCAAAUUUAGACGACGCGGGAAAAUGGACAUGUGAAGUUGAAGACAAAUAUGGCAAAGUGUCGACUGUGUGUGACGUGGCAAUUCUCGAGGAGCUAAAGCGACAAGCGAAGGCCGCGGUAGAAGAGGCAAACAUGAACAGGGCGACACAGCGAAAGGCGACCACCACCACCACCACCUCUUCAUCCUCCAAUACCUCCUCCUCCAUGACUUCCUCAAAGACGACCAUCCAGAACGGAGUACAAGAGGAGGAGAAGUCAGAGUUCUUCCACUUCAGUAAGGGAGGCGAUCUCAACACCCUCAUGUUUGAGGAGGAGCCAUCGUUUGCUAGGACUCUCAGGAACACCAAGGUGCAGCAGGGGCACCAAUUUAAGCUGGAAUGCAGAGCUUCCGGUCACCCCAUGCCGGAAAUGAAAUGGUUCAAGAAUAACCUGCCUAUCCAGACGGAUAUCCGGCACACGGUGAUGGUCCACAGCGAUGGUAUUUCAACUCUGGAGGUCAAGGACGCCGUCCGUAGGUACGACACCGCCGUCUAUCGGUGUGAGGCCAUCAGCUUCCUCGGUAUCGCCACCACAGAGUCCAAAGUGACCGUUCUAGAUGAAGAAGCCUAUGAGAAAUGGGACCAACUGAACAAGCUUGACGAGGUGGAGUUUGAGCCUUACGACAUCCAGAGGAGGUUUUUGACAUCGACAGGCAAGAACCAAAUUGAAGAUGACUCUGUGGUUGACAAAAGACUGAUGGCACUCAAGAGUGACGAGACCCACCUGCAGCAGCUGUACAAACAGCAGAACGAGGCCAUUCUCAAACUGAGUGCCCAGUGGGACGAGACCCGCUCAUUCUUCUUCAGGGAGCACCUCAAGAGCAAGUGUGUAGUCGAGGGAUCAUCGGCACUUCUUAGCUGUUUCAUUUCGGGCAUCCCUCCUUUUUUCGUGCAGUGGUACAAGGACAAUGCUCCACUUUACGCCAAUGUAUAUGAGAGAUACUACAUCAGGCUGAGGGGCGGACACUUCAGCCUGGAGAUCCCCCUUACCACCCUUGACGACACCGGAGAGUACAGUGUUGAGGUGCGCAAUGAACAAGGUCACAUCAUUUCUACCUGCUACCUCCAAGUCGAGCCCACACUAGACCCCUGCAUUGAGUACUGCAGACCAUACUUCACCAAGAACAUCCAUCACGUCCAUGUGGAGUUCGGAGGCACUGCCAUCUUCAGCUGUAUCGUCAAGGGCAACCCAAAACCAAACGUUACCUGGUACAAAGAUGGCCGUAGGGUUCACCAAACUAACAAGGCAACAAUGCAUUUUGGAGAGAAAGGACUGGUGAUCCUGAAGAUCCAUGAAUGUCAGCACUCGGACAUCGGCCUGUACAAGUGUCAGGCUCACAGCAUGGCUGGGCGGUGUCAGAGCUCUGCCAAACUCAUUGUGUUUGGUGAUGGAACGCCCUCAUUUGGAAGCUGGGGCCACAAGGACAGUAAGGCUGUUGACAGUGGGCCUUUGGGUCUCUCAGAAUUUACAGGAGACAGUGACUUUGUGCCCCGUAACACUAGAGAUGUGCUGUACCAACCCCCGAGGCUGUGCAAGUCUCUGCCGGACACCAUGAAGAUCAAGGAAUGGCAGAUGUUGUUCUUUGAGUGCAAGGUUGAAGGCUUCCCCAAACCAACAGUGAAAUGGCUGUGUAACGGUGAGGAUCUAGCCAACAAAGGCCAUGUGAAGAUCAUCGCUGUGAAGAACUACCACUCGUGUGAGAUUGCUAGGGCCUACGCAGAGAGAGAUACCGGCAAGUACACUGUCCGGCUCACUCACCCUAGUGGCAGUGUCAUCGAGAGCAGUUGUAUGGUAGAGAUCCGGCAAGACAUUACCAGCAUAUCUGAUGUGAAAAAGGGAAAAAAAUCGGACCUUGUGCUUGAACGAGAGGCUAGAGCCGAACAAUUAGCUGAAAAAUAUAGCAAAAAAACAGAAGCUAUAACAAAAACUGAGACUACAGAAUCUGUAACAGUUGAAGAAUCAAAAACUGAAACAGUUUCUGCUGUUGUGAAGACAGCAGAAGAGACUGCCACUAAGGUUGUGGAAGAAGCUGUGGCAGAGGCUGCCGCUGCAGUUUCUAAGGAAGUGGUAGAAGAGCCGGCUCCUACCCCUGCUGCUGAGCCAGCUCCUGCACCUGUUGAAUCAGCACCUGAACCUGCUGCAGAGCCUAAACCUGCACCAGUGGUAGCUGAAACGAAACCUGCACCUGAGGCUGCACCAGCACCAGUCGCUGAACCUGUUGCAGAAUCUGCUCCUGAACCUGCACCAGUAGCAGCUGAACCGGCACCAGCACCAGUAGCAGCUGAAACUGUAGCUGAAGAAGCAGCCAAACCGGAGUCUGCUCCUGAAGUAGCAAAGGAAGAUACUGUAGAUGCUGCCCCUCAACCUGAACCCUGUGAACCCAGUGCCCCCAAAGAGAAAGAGCCCGCCUAUGUGAGUCCUGACUUUGUUACGAAACUCGAGAAAGAGUACCAUUGCCUGGACUCUGAUACUAACAUCAAAAUACAGUGUCAGGUGGAGGGAAAACCUAAACCCGCAGUGUCAUGGGUGAAGGAUAAUAAAAAGCUAAGCCCUAGUGACAAUCUUACCAUUGAGUGGAGUGAAGAUACUGGUAUGUCCACGCUCUGGUUCAAGAGUCUGACGAUCAAAGACUCUGGAAAAUAUACAUGUAUCGCCUCAUCCUCGGCAGGCACAUGUUCCUGUUCUACAAGCUUUACGGUAGACACUGGGACAAACCUUUCUUUGGCUGUAGUUAAGCCAGAGAAAUCCCCGACAGUGAAGAAGGCAUUAGAUAAAGAGUAUGCCUUUGUCACCACCGAUACCAAGGCAACACUUCAGUGCCAGGUGGAAGGUCAUCCCACACCAGAUAUCUUAUGGAAAAAGGAUGGAAAGAUCUUGGUCAGUGGAAGCAAGCAUGGCCUGGAAUGGGAUGCAGCCUCGGGUAAAGCUACCCUCAAGUUCAAGAGUCUGAUUGAAGCAGAUUCUGGUUGUUAUGAGUGUUCAGCUUCAUCUUCUGCUGGCUCUGUGUCCUGUUCCACAAAUGUUGCUGUUAAAAAACCUGAAAAGAAACCGACUGUUUUGGAAGCUCUGAAGAAAGAGUACAGAUUUGUUGAGACCAAAGAAACUGUUCGCCUUCAGUGCAAAAUGGAGGGCAAUCCAUGUCCGGAGAUCUCUUGGUUAGUAGGUUUGCCAUCAUUUAUUGCCUUUUCAUGGACCAAAGAUGGGAAGGCGUUAGAAGCUACAGAACAGAUGACCUUGGAAUGGGAUGCCAAAACUGGUGUAGCAGCCGUUGUGUUUAAAGGUGUGAGUGUGUCAAACACCGGGAAAUACGAGUGUGUGGCCACUUCUAAAGUAGGGACGAUCAAAUCGGCUACAACCAUGACUGUUAAAGUACCAGAGAGGGCCCCAUCAGUUGUGGAACCAUUGAACAAAGGGUAUAAUGCUUUGGAAUCUGAUGAAAAUGUUUGUCUAAAAUGUAAAGUGGAUGGAAACCCAGUUCCUGAAAUCUCAUGGACAUAG